UGUGCCUGUGUUCCUCAAGGCCUGUACCAGGAAACACACUAUGGGAACAUCCUGCCUUUGGGCCAGCUGUGAGUCUAUGACCACUAACAGCCCUACUGGAGGCAAAAUACUGGUGCCCCCACUCUCCUGGCCAGGACAGAGCUGGUGGUACCCACGAACGCUUGGGCCUACUGCACUGACCCUUACAAUAGGGCACAGCUUAAGGCCAUUCUCUCCCAAAUGAACCCCUGCCUGAGCCUGUGGCUGUGCAAGGUCAAUACCAAAGAGGUGGGUGUGUAAAUGAGCCUGUGUGUAUUCCUGUCUGUGCAGUGCUCGCUGGGCCCUCUCACCCUGCGCAGCUGUUCUUUUGGGUCCACUCUGCCAGCCUGGGAGGGCUAUUCACCAGUGAUGGGCCUUGGGCUUCAUACACCUGCGGAAGGAUGGAAGGACAGGAAAGAUGAGAAGAGCAAGGUGCUUUCAGGUCCUCUAGAGGCCAGCCAGCAGCAACAGAAGUCACCACCAACGCCAAGGUCACAACAGGUCAGGCAGGAGGAACUCUGGCAGCAGGACAAGUUGAGGGAGGAAAAUGCCUCUCCUGAAAAGAGCAAUCAGACCCAGGGAGAUGCCCACCCACUCAGGAAACCCAACUUCCAGGUGAACUUUGUCCUUCUUGUAGGAUUGGGGGUUUGGUGGAUGAAUUGUAAGACUAGAUGGGAGGGUGCUUAUGUGUGGUGCAUUUCUGGAACUAGUAAGGUUUAUUUCAAACAACUCUGUUGCAAAUACCACAAAUUUAACCCUUAUCGGGUAGAAGCAAUCUAG